AAUUUUCUCUCUCACCAUGUUCUCUAAAGUUUCCAAUUUUAUCUUUUUCGUCACAUCCAUACUGUUGUUCCGAUCAACUACAUGCGUCGAAUUCAUCUACAACUCCAAUUUCACCACCACCAACACACUUCUCCUCGGCAACGCCACCGUUAAUUCUCCACCAUCGAUCCUCACCCUCACCAACCAAACCACUUUCUCCAUCGGACGUGGCCUCUACCCUUCAAGAAUCAACGCCUCCUCCUCUACCUCGCCGUUACCUUUCGCCACAUCAUUCAUCUUCUCCAUGGCUCCUUUCAAAAGCCUCUCUCCUGGCCAUGGCUUCGCCUUCGUCUUCCUCCCUUUCUCCGAAACCUCCGCCGCUAGCUCAUCUCAGCAUCUCGGCCUCUUCAACUUCACCAAUAACGGCGACCCCAACAGCCGAAUCUUCGCCGUGGAAUUUGAUGUUUUCCCUAACCAAGAGUUCAACGACAUCAACGGCAACCACGUCGGCGUCGACGUCAAUUCCCUCACUUCCGUUGCAUCUGAAACUGCAGGUUUCUAUGGAGGCAGAGACGGCGAGAGAUUCACGGAGCUGAGGCUUAACAGUGGCGAGAAUUAUCAGGCGUGGAUUGAGUUUAAUGGGUCAGCGAUCAAUGUCACGAUGGCUAGAGCUGGCUCUAGAAAGCCCAUAAGACCACUCAUAAGCAUUCCAUUGAAUCUCACUGGAGUUUUACUUGAUGAUAUGUUUGUUGGAUUCACUGCAUCCACAGGACAACUAGUGCAGAGCCAUAGGAUUCUGUCAUGGAGUUUUAGCAACUCCAAUUUCUCCAUCGGCGAUGCUUUGAUUACUAGCAAUCUUCCUUCGUUUAAAUUGUCAGGUGACUCUGUUUUAAAGUCUAAAGGUUUCAUUGCUGGGGUUUCUAGUGGUGUUGUGUUAUUAGUCUUUGUUAUUGGGCUCCUCUGUUUCUACGUUGUGAGGUGGCGAAGGCAGAGACUAGACGGAGACGUGGAAGAUUGGGAAACAGAGUAUUGGCCUCACAGAGUGCAAUACAAAGACGUUUUGGAAGCCACGAAAGGGUUUUCGGAAGAGAAGAUGAUCGGAUACGGAGGGAAUUCUAAGGUGUAUAGAGGAGUGUUGGAAGGUAAAGAAGUGGCGGUUAAGAGAAUAAUGAUGAGUCCUCGAGAGAGCGUUGGCGCGACGAGUGAGUUCUUGGCCGAGGUCUCGAGCUUAGGGAGGUUAAGGCACAAGAAUAUAGUUGGACUAAAAGGUUGGUCCAAGAAAGGAGGAGAGAGUCUGAUAUUGAUUUACGAAUAUAUGGAGAAUGGAAGUGUCGAUAAGCGGAUAUUUAAUUGCGAUGAGAUGUUGAAUUGGGAGGAAAGAAUGAGAGUGGUGCAGAUAUUAGAACAAGGGAGAUUAGUGGAGGAUGGUGGUGAGAGGGAAAUGAGCUUGUUGGAGAGAGUGAAGAGCUCUUACUUGUUGGAAACUGGUGAGGGAAGCAGACAACAACAUCCCACGUUCCAAGAUGUAUGGAACUCGUCUUCUUAUUCUAAUUCCUUCCAAAGUUAUGAUUCUAUUCUUCAUGGAAGGUGAGAAACUAGCGUGAGAGUUAUUCCUUUUUAACGAAUUUCUAUACUAUAUAAUUUAUACAUGUUGUGUGAUUCUUUUGUAUAUAAGAUUGUAUGAAUUUGAGUAAAUUGCAUGAAUCAUU